AUGGAUAGGGUGUCAGCUCUGGUUGAGCCAGUUGUACGUUUCAGCAAAGAUUCUGUUCAUUUCAUCAAUCGCUGUACAAAACCUGAUAGAAAAGAACGCUAUCGCAACUGCAGUUGGAUUUUUGGCAAUGGGUGUGCUGGGAUUCAUCAUAAAGUUAAUUUUUGUUCCCAUCAACAGUAUUAUUGUUGGAAACUAACUAAUUGUUGUGUAUAA